CUGACGCAGUGAGAGCGAGGGGGGAGGAAAGUAAUUAUUUAGGGGGAAGAAAGAAAGAAACAAAGUUGUCGACCGUGCAGCGCACACGGGGAGGGAUUUUAUUUAUCUCGAGCGACACGUUUAAGCCAGCACCGGUCUGCUGCGUGGAAAUGUAACGGCGCACCGGAUUCCCCCACUUCCCUCUCCAAGACCAAACUUUUCCUCUUCUAGUCCACCGAGUCCAGGACUGGAUUCUGGUCUGUGGAAACGGGACACAUAAAAGCAUUCGAGCUGAGGCGGAUGGACGGACCCACUGAGGAGAAUAGAGAUGGUCUAAGGUCUAAGUUAAAGGUUCUUUAAAAGUCCUCGGAGCUCACUUUGUCCUGAAAUGAUUUGCAGAAGUCGGGUGAGUCUACUUUCUGGGCUGAAGCGGAUUUACUUUCUUGUCUACACUGGACCCACAUGAAGCGGUGAAACCCCUCUGAACCUCAACGCUUUGUGUUUCUGAAAGAAAAGUCAAACGCAGAGAGACAUCCCACAGAUUCACUGGAUCACACUGCUUCACACACACACACGACUCAAAGUGUGCUUCACACUGUUUCAGUAAAACGGAGGAGAUGCAGAUGUGGAGCCACAUGAGGGUCCACAAAGGAGGCCCUCCCCGACCAUAGGUCACACCGAAGUGUCCUGGAUGUAUGUUUCUCCUGCUCCUCGGCUGGAUUGACUUGAACUAAUAGUCUGGUAAUCCGAUGGGUUCUUCCUCACCACAGCCUACCUGUUCCUGUGGAGUUUCCACAUGAGGGCAAAGCAGAUGACUCAGAGGACUUAAGUCAUGUAACCACCCUGAAAUGUCUUAAAUGUCUUAUUUAUCUGUUCUGUAUUUAUUGCCUGUAUAUAAAGGGUACCUUUUUGUAGCUUUGUGCUAGAUUUAAGGCCAGUCUUUUUUUAUAUUAUUGUAAGGAUUUUUAGUUGUUUUAGUGAAAGCUGUAGAUUAACUUGAACAUCCUUGUUCUGCUGUAAACUCACCCACACUGUAUUAGAGCAUUUAUCUGUAACUUUGCCUUAGACGAGGUAUAAAACACGACAAGGCUUUCAUCAUGGACAGGCCGAUAAGCAAGUUGUUGGAGAAGUUAAAGCUAACGGACUCAGGCAGUGUGAAAUUCAACAGUUCAAAGAAGAAGCAUGACUCUGCCAACAACUCUAAUAACAGCAACGCCAACGCUGGCAUCUCCGGAGGCAGCGGUGGGGGCAGCGGUCUGCCACCAGCUCCCAGCUCUGCAGCUGCCUCGCCCUCAAGACCCGGCCAGUUCUCGCUUGCCUCUGCAACCACAAGCGAUGCAUGUGUUCCAGCGAGUGGGAGAGGAGGAGGAGGAGGAGGGGGUGGGAUGGGAAUGACUCCCUCUCAGCUCCUCACCCCACCGCCACCGUCCUCCAAUGUGUGCGCCAUAUCUCAAGAUAGCGAGCAACAGCUUCAUCCCACCACCUUGGCUCCGCUUCGGCGUCGCUCCCCCCAGCAGAGAGCGUCCUGUUACCUGGGUGAAGGUGUGGAUUCCCACCUGAGGCGAGAGUCCGGCCUGGGUCCUGAGUGUGACCCUAUGGGGGCAUUUGGCUCCAAGGCGUCCCUCAAUCAACGCCGCUACUCUCUGGAGCUCCAGCAGCUGGUCAGGCGACAGCACCUCCUCUCCCAGCCGCCUCCUCUCUCUGUUCCCCCGCCGUACCCCGCUUCCACGGGUUACGGGUCCACUCCAAGAGGCGGUCUGGUGGAGCCGGGCUACCUCUCCGAGCCGGAGAGGCACAAACGCCUCUCGCUCCAGGAGGCUAUUUUUUACAAACGCCUAAGCACGGGGAGUGAACUCUGGGAGAGCACCAGACCUGCAUCCCUCUCUCAUCCACCACAUCGAACAUCAGACAUGACUGGAGGAGGAGGUGUGGGAGGAAGCUUCUUUUACCCACCAGGACCAACAUUGAGCCCAUGUUCUUCAUUCAGCCUGCAGGAGUCGGUGCUGGUCAGCCCCAGGUCCAGCUUCGCCUCCAGCACAGCCAGUGGUGGAGGCGGUGGGAGCCCCAUGGGGAGCCGCUGCAGCAGCAACCGGACCAGCGGAAUCAGCCUGGGCUACGAUUCCCGCUACUCCGCCUCUGGAGGCCUCCCUCCACAGCAGCACUCCCCCUCCAUGCAGACAGGGGGCUCUGUUGCUGGUUAUGGGGCUCCAGGCAGGGCUGGAGUGACCCCUGUGGAGGCCUGGACUCAGUACCUAGACGGAGGGAUGCGCCAAGGUGCACAGGACAGCCGUCACUCCUACCCACCUGCUGUUGGAAGUCCUGCAGCGGCGUGCUACCAAGCUGGUCCAGAGUGGUGGGAGGAGCAGCAGGCAGGAGUGAGGGCCAAAGAUGGGGUAGUGAUGGGUGACAGGGCCAGAUACUCAGACCUGCCUGGUACCCGGUACCAGGAAGAACUCACCCGACUUCUUCUAAGGGAUGCAGCGCAGGAAGGUGGGGGCCUCAUGGACGGCCUGAUGCUUAAGGAGAGUCUGGCGCUGACGGCUCUUUCCAAACCAAGCACAACAACAAUGGGGCAAUGCUCGGCCGGGGGUCCAGGGAAACCCCAGGACGAUCCAGGAGCCGGAACUGGGAGGGAAGGCACUGAGAACCGCCAGGAGUUCUUUGGAGCCUGUGUGAAGUGUGGGAAAGGUGUGUACGGGGCGGAUAAUGCCUGCCAGGCUCUGGAUAGCCUCUAUCACACUCGGUGCUUCACCUGUGUGUCCUGUGGACGCACCCUGAGAAACAAGGACUUCUACAAUGUCAACGGCUCUGUGUACUGUAAAGAGGAUUACAUGUUUUCAGGAUUCCAGGCUGCUGCGGAGAAGUGUAGUGUGUGUGGCCACCUUAUACUCGAACAGAUCCUGCAGGCUCUGGGGAACUCGUACCAUCCCGGGUGUUUUCGCUGCAUCCGGUGUUCGAAGGCUCUAGAUGGAGUUCCUUUCACUGUGGACCAUCACGGUAACAUCUACUGCGUGGCAGACUACAACAAGACCUUUGCCCCAAAGUGUGCUGCCUGUUUACAACCCAUCCUACCUGCUGAGGACAGUGAAGAGAUCCUCAGAGUCGUGUCCAUGAACAAGGAUUAUCACUUUGAGUGCUACCACUGUGAGGAGUGUGGUAAGCAGCUCUCUGAUAAGCCCGGCUCGCAGUGCUUCCCUCUGGACUCUCAUCUCCUCUGCCACUCCUGUCACAUGAGCAGAGUGUGCACCACGCACAACAUUCCCUCUCACAACAACUCACACUGAUGCAGCUGCGGAUGUUUCAGAAAGCUAGUCUCAAGGUUGCUGACAUUCCUCUCUCGUGUGUGUGCUUUAGCUCCACCUCUUUGUUUUUAUGUUCCAAGAUGAAACUGCUGUAAUUAAGACAUUUCACUGAUUGACUCGGGUCAUUCCUUUGUGUCACAUGUACUGCCUGCUGUACGACCUGUACGAUUACUGUACUAUAGUUAUAAGGGAAGGGGAAAGAAACUACUGCUUUUUUGACCCACAUGAGGCUACUGUUUGCUGUAGAAGAACAAGGGAUUUUUUUUGCUAAACCGUUUUGUAAAUAUGAUCGCUAGCAAACAUUUUGCACUUAAAUUUGACUUUACUGUAAGAAGUUUGUGACAUGAAUCUGUACAAUUAGGGGGAAAAACAUUACUGUAAUUUCUGCAUGUUGUAAUAAAUAUUUUCAUUGUG